GAAAUCAAUUGUCAAUACAUUUGAUAUCCUUUUCCGUUGCGUUUGUUUAGUCAGCGCUGCGAUUGUCCACACAUUCAGUCAUUGAUUUGAUUGUCUCUGAAAUUAAAGAGCUCACGAAAUGCAGAUCUUCGUGAAGACAUUGACGGGAAAGACGAUCACCUUAGAGGUGGAACCGUCCGAUACUAUUGAGAAUGUGAAGGCAAAGAUUCAGGACAAGGAAGGCAUUCCUCCCGAUCAACAAAGACUUAUCUUUGCCGGCAAACAACUAGAAGACGGUCGCACUCUCUCUGAUUACAACAUUCAGAAGGAGUCGACCCUUCAUUUAGUGCUCCGUUUGAGAGGUGGUGUAAUUGAGCCCAGUCUUCGUAUUUUGGCUCAGAAAUACAAUUGCGAUAAAAUGAUUUGCAGAAAGUGUUACGCCCGAUUGCACCCGAAGGCAACCAAUUGUCGCAAACGUAAGUGCGGACACUCUAACAAUAUCAGACCCAAGAAGAAGCUGAAGUAAACAUUCAGAGUUUACUUUCUGAUGACAACUCGAGACCAAAAUAUUUGUCUAUUUUGUGAUCUUAUAUUUGUUUCGGGUAUUUAUGUGAUCAGAUAAUGAUGUUUAAUAUUCGAAAUGUUUAUGUAUUUCAAUAAAUAAAUGAUUUCUGAAUUUAAUGAAUUUUGUUUAAUCA